CUGUGUUAUGUCGCUUCUGUUGUCCACGUCUACUCAGCGUUCUGCUCGGCCGGCAAAGGUGUACUAGGCGCAAUCGACAGGUAAAUGGCGAGUUUGAGAGCAAAGCAGACGUAGAGGCAAGGUACAUCCUCGUCCAAGCGUGCAGCACUGCAGGUCCCAAUUCACGCGAUAGCCACAAGCAUCGAGGCUGGUUGUGUCGCGAAUGCUUUUUUAGCAUCAAACUCGUCUUUUGCACGCCUCGCGCUCGACAUCUUCGGUUACGAUAUCGCACACACACAAACACGCACGCAUCGCAUCGGGCAAACCGACUUGCUGGAUGACUGGCUAGCUUGUAAGCCCCGCUAAUACGCCCACCCAGCCUUGUCCUCCUCAUCGGAUGGGCCUCGAGCAAACGCAAUGGUGAGCUAUCCCGAAGACUCGUCGACGCACACCAGCGUCUCGAGCGGACUGCGCAGUUACAGAUCGCCGUCCGUAGCUAGCAGUUCUCGCGCGCCAAUGUCCUCUACAGUACGGCGACAUCAUAGACAUGCGCGCUCGCACGCAGGCGGUGGUGGCGGCGGAUCUCUGCAACUGCAGAACGAGUUCCCGCUGUUCCUGCAGACGGGAGACGUGGAGAUUAUCAUCAAGAACUCAAAGAGGGAGCAGCGGUAUGUGCUGCACCGAUUGAUACUGGCGCAGUGCUCCGGAUUCUUCGAGACCGGCACGAGCGAUGAGUGGAGUCAGGUUGGCUUGGGAGGUGUACAGACGACAUCGACGGCGACGGUGGCCUCUUCGGGGACGUUACAUCAAGACUCGAACAACUCAGUGUUUUCCGGGAGCAGGAGCAGCACGGAGGGCAGGAGGUGGAGGUACGAGUUGGAUUGGGAGGGCGGCACCGCUGAAGACGUGCCGAUGCUGGUGAAGAAGCCGGCCACCACAUCUAGUUUCACGAACGACUACGCGUCACGACCGCCGCCGAUGCGCGCGAAACCGCCGCCAUCAUCCUCAAACGGCUUCUUCAGGAGCAUGGCCAACUUCACGUCCCUCAAUCUUGCGCAGCACGCGCACCAGACGUCCGACGAUCCGGACGAAGAGAUUUUCCAAGCGUACGACAACAUGUUCCGCACAUUUUACAACUACCCGCCCAUGCUGGAUGCCGUGCAGAUUUCCGAGGCUUAUGGGCAGUGCAAGCAGCUCCUCCAGCUAGCCGACAUGUAUGAUGCGCUCGAUGUGAUCGGUCCGCGCGUCGACCAUCACCUGCUACGCUUCCAAGGCCGUCUGUGGAAGCAGAUCGCGAAGUACCCCCCUUCCUAUCUGAAGCUAGGCUACCUAGCCAAGUCGCGUGCUAUCUUCCAAGAAGCACUCAUCCACGUGGUAGGCCAAUGGCCAGCUGGACAGCAUCAGCUACGCAACCACGUCAGUGACGCGGUGAUAGAGAUGAUCGAGGACAAGGUUGACGAGCUCGACGAGAUCAAGGCCAGGGUUGAGGCAAAGCUGUGGCGGCUCACGUUGACGACCAGUCGGGGGGAGAGGGUCACUCCACACAACGCCUGGCUCGACUGGCAGGUGAUGAGUCUGUGGCGCCAGUGGUUUGCGGAGAACACGACGCCGCAGCCCACACCUAUUCUCAAACCGCCAAGCAGCUCAUCCGGCACCUCGACUUCCCAGUAUCAACACCGCGGAAGCUUGCGCGAUACCCGGUCGAGCAGCGCCGCAAGGGCGUCGUCCCAGUCCACGGCGGUCGUACCCCUCCGCAGCCCUGCCACGCCCCCGACGAUCAACACGGGCCGCAUCUUCCGGCUCAUCGGCACCGGCGGCUCCUCCUACCUCCCGCAUGACGAGCUCAAGCGCUUCCUGAAGAUUAGUCCUGAGCUGUACAGUCGCGAGAGUCUGCGCCGAGCCGAGCGCCGCCUGGACGAGCUCAAGAACCUCGCCAAGGACGCUGUCAAGCCGCUCAUGCGCAACUUCCUCGAGCUCGACCUCAGGGACGGCGCGCUGCCGUAUCUGGUCUGCACCAGGAUGGAGGACAGAGACUGGAGACUCGUCUUCGGAGAUGACUGAUUCAACCUUUGGUCGAACGAAACUCCCCCUCACCCCUUUCCAAAAAAAAUAUUGGAAGGGUUAGCAGUGAGUUCGUCGAUGGCGGUUCGCGCUUUGGUAGCGACGGUGGUUCGCUUUCUUCGUCCUUCAAUCGUCUAUACCCCCCCACUUGUUUGUUGGCCAUGUCUUCUUCUUUUUUUUGUACCCUUUUUCCCUGGUUCCAACGAGCGUCACGAUUUUUUACGGAUGAAUGUAUUUGCAUGGCAUCAGGAGUGGGUGGAUCUUCGGGACAUGUGCUGGACAUAUCUUUCUGGAGCAACGUGAGCAGUAAUGAAAUUCUACGAAGACAUAAAUGCGAAUCCGUGCAUGUAUCUCUGUUCAAAUAGCUAAUGUUGUCCUUUCAAUCAGUUGUUCAUGAAGAUACUACAACGAGAGAGAAACGAC